CUCUCGUAAACAUUCCCCCGUUCUCCCUUUCUCUCUCGGAUUAUUAUUAUUAAUUUUAGAGAGAGAAAGUCGGAGCCAUUCUUCGAAGUCCCUCUCUUCUUUCUCUCUCCCUUAAACCCGCAAAGCCAAAUUCAAAUCCUAGAGAGAGAAAGAGAGCAAUGGAAGGCAUCGCGACGAAGAAGAACAAGAAGUUUGGGAUUCUUCUGUGCGCGGAUGAUUCAGACUACGUGAAGAAAAUGUACGGAGGGUAUCAUGGGGUUUUCGUGAGAAUGCUGGGGGAGGAAGGGGAGACGUGGGACCUCUACAGGGUGACACGUGGCGAAUAUCCAGACGAGGAUGAAUUGGAAUCGUACGAUGGGUUCGUCGUCACCGGUAGCAGAAAAGACGCCCACAGUAACGAACCAUGGAUCUCCAGGCUCUUAGCCUUUCUCAAGAGACUUGAUUCCAUGAGGAAGAAGGUUUUAGGCAUUUGCUUUGGCCACCAGAUACUAAGCCGAGCAUUGGGAGGAAAAUCAGGCCGUUCAAUGACAGGGUGGGACAUAGGAAUCAGAACCGUUCAUUUCUCAUCUUCAUCAUCAUCAUCAAAACUUUUUCAAUCUCUCAAAAUGCCAGCCUUACUCUCCAUUUACGAAAUCCAUCGCGAUGAGGUAUGGGAACUUCCUCCCAAGGCUGAAUUGAUUGCAUGGUCUGAUAAGACUGGAGUGGAGAUGUUUAGAUGUGGUGACCACAUGAUGGGCAUCCAAGGCCACCCUGAAUACACCAAAGACAUACUUCUUCACCUCAUUGAUCGUCUUGUUAAGCUCGAUUACAUUGAGGAUUCUGAGUCUGAGGAAUUGAAGGCCAAGUUGGAUGAACACGAACCGGAUAGGGAGGCAUUGAAGAGAUUGUGCAUUAGCUUUCUCAAGGGUGGAUUAUGAUCUUUAAAGUAUAUGGUCUAGAGAGGAACCCCCAAAAAAGUGUAAUUGGGGAGCUAAAAUAAUAAAAUGUAUAUAUCGAGUGUUUUGAAUAGAAGGUUUAGAAGGAAAUUGUGGUUUUAGGCACCAGGCAAGUACUGAUCAUUAGGCAUCGUAUUGUCAAAGCCAACUACAUAUGGUAAUGAAAUUUUAAGCUUUAGCCAAAUA